CCACUGCAAAGACCUCAAAAUAUUGGUGGCUUACAAAAUGCUAAUGACCAAAUUCAAAGAGCCUUGAAUAUUGGCAGACAAAUUGUAAGGUUUCAGAAUACAGCAAAUCUAUUUAACAAUAAUUUUAUUGCUGUUCAAAAUUAUACAAAUCUUGUCAGUAGUGCGGGAUCUGUUCACUAA